AUGGAACUGCCGUUGUGUGCCGUGGCAGUGCGUUUGGUGGAACAAUUCGCUAGAUAUCAGAACACAAGCUGCCAGGAAGACGACGUUUCAACUUACGUUCAACAUUUAAAUGCCCUCUAUUCAGAUUUUGAAUCUAGGUUUGAGGAUAUCUUGACUAUGGUAAUACCACCGUGGAUAAUUAAUCCAUAUGGUGACAUAGAAGAAACGAAUGUCAUAAUACAAGAGGAACUGACUGAACUAAGUACAAACGAAGAACUUAAGUUUUCAGAUGACCUGCCGUCAUUCUGGUUGCUGUUUGCGUGCCAUUGGUCUAGAGCCCUUCUGUUCCAGGUGUAUACCGGGGUAUUAAAAUAG